AUGUUUCGCGCAAUAAUCGCCACUUUUCUUGGUCUCCUCCUCUAUCUUUUCCUGAUCUCAUUGGUCAUGACUGCGGUGAUGUUCUCCCAACUCGCGUGGGAAGCCUACCAUAAUAACGACUUUGAUUUGUUUAUCGAUCAUGGCUUGGACGCGAUGGCCGCACUGUUGCUGUACUCCAUUGUGGUGAUGUUGUACCUUAGGUUCGCGUUUGCUAAUUCCGCAGCCGCUCAUUUCACAGCCGGUCCUCCUGGUCCACCUGGUCCACCUGGUCCGCCCGGCCCUCCGGGCCCUUCUAACCCCGGUGGGAGCCACCCAACAGGACAUUCGUCCAACCUCCCACGUCAUGGCUCUGGAGAUGGAGGGUCCUCGACGUCUCGCUCCUCUAAUCAUUCCUCAAACAGCUCUGCUCGAAUUACUCGUCGAGUCUUGAUCGUGGUCAUGCUAAUCGCAAUCUUGUAUUUGCAGUUUGUCUCAUCCCGCGGCAACGAAUACUUUUGCGAAAUUGAUGAAGACUACUUGACCGAUCGAUUCAACCUUACCGGUUUGAACACCGAAGUUUCCUACUACCAAUAUGCUCUUGAUCUUGUGACCGAUGUUUUCGAUCUUGAUGCCGACGACGACCUACGUGAGCAAAUUGAAAAGUCUGCCCGUCACCUCUAUGGCUUGGUUCAUGCCCGGUACAUUGUUACCACCCGUGGUCUUGCUAAAAUGCUUGAAAAGUACAAGAAGAGUGACUUCGGAAAGUGCCCACGUGUGAUGUGUGAUGGACACGCGCUGCUUCCUCUAGGCGAGUCAGACCUUCCGAAUAUCAGCACUGUCAAGCUGUACUGCCCCAAGUGCGAGGACAUUUACAACCCCAAGUCUUCGCGCCACUCCUCCAUUGACGGCGCAUACUUCGGCACCUCGUUCCACUCCAUCCUAUUCCAGGUUUACCCGGCUCUCAAUCCUGAGAAGAGCAGCCGUCGCUAUGAGCCCCGGAUCUACGGCUUCAAGGUACACGCCGCGGCUGCCCUUGCGCGCUACCAGGACAAUCAGCGUGAGGAACUCAAGUGGCGUCUCGCCGAGGUUGGUAUCAACCACAAGUUCAUCGAGGAUAGUGAGAGCGAUGACGAUGCCUUCGAGUACGACGAGGAGUACACGGAGAGCCACACGGAGCCCACCAAAAGCGACAAGCUCCUCGGAGACGCAGCUUCGGCUCGCAUGAACCUCGCCAAGUAA